AUGAGCAUAAUUAGUUCUUGGUUGCUUGUCUUUAUUGUCUGCUUAAGCACCUCUGUCGUAACAAAAUUACAAGCUGCUGGGGUUACUACGCAUCUAUUUUAUUUAACAAGAGGUGCGCCCUUAACUUUGAAGGAAGGCUACUAUCCUUGGCUGAAAGCUGGUUCUUUCUUCCCGGAUGCCCUAUACUCAUGUGCUCCUUCAAAUAAGGACUGGUCUGACUUUGCGGAAUUCACUCAUUGGCCCAACUUCUUAGUUAUUGCAUUGUCUUACUGGCAACAAAAGUAUGGUCAAAAAGAUCAACUUCGGCAAUCUCGUGACUCACUUAGACUAAAAUCGUUCCUAAUAGGAGUAUUCACCCACCAAAUAGUCGAUGUCUCCUGGCAUUCACUAGUUACUGAUUAUAGAAUGCACGGUUUACUUCGAGUGCUCAGCGAAACUGAAUUUGAUGCAGAUAUUGAAACCGCUCAUACAUUUUUAGACGUCAUGGGUGAAUUUGUAACCUUGAACAAUGUGAUCCGUGACAGUGCUAAUAAUGAAAACUGGGAUUUUUUCGCCCGUUCAGAUUGGAAAUUACCCAAUGAACAGGAUAUAAUGGAAAUUAUACGCAGGGCAGGACUUUCCAAAGAUAGAUUAUCAUAUGCAGAGUUGGAGUUCUGCGUUAAAAGAGGUUUGGCCGCUGCUGUUAGUGAAAGCUACUUAUUUCGCUCUCAAAGAUCCCAGCUAUUAAAUAAUAUCUAUUCAACUUCCCCACGGGCUAAUGAUCUAAUACUGAACCAUUGGCUAGGGGGAGAAUCUAACUUAGUUGCAAUGCUCCAAAAAUGUGUGCCUUUCUUUGAGUCUUUAUUUGAUGGAAAAGCUGCUAACGAAAUUGAAGUAGAAGAAUUAAGAUUAUGCGCAAAUUUACCGCCAGCGUCCAACCAUAACUUGGAAACAGAAAGUUUGAAAUCUCCAAUCAAGGUGCAGAGGGAAGAUGGUCACAUUGUCGUAUCCCCGAUGAAAUCCUUCUCCAAAUUUGGCACAAGUUUCACGCUGGGAAAAUUUCAAGGGAAUGAUGAAGAUUAUCUUGCGGUAAGUGCCCCACUUGAGGAUACAGUUGGUGCAAUCUAUCUGGUCCCGUGGGAUAUAUUUUCUAUAUCUGAUAAAAAGGAUGUUAGCAUUUUACAACCGAUGACAGCAAUGUACGGUUCCAAGGUCGACACAUACAGUGUUGGAGGUGUCGAUUAUCUAGCCGUUUCAGAGCCUGGCACGUGUAGGGUCCAUUUCUAUUUCAAAGGGACAAAAGUCCUCACAAUUGAGGAUACUACCACUGAAGAAGCAAAUCAAUUGCAAAUAGCGCUAACAGAAGACUUUGAUGGUGAUCAAAUCCCCGAUUUGAUAGUAUCAAGCAUAAGCUAUGGAAUCAAUGAAACUGGAAUCGUUACGUUUAUCCCAGGAUCUUCAAUAAUAUCCUAUCUGAUUAAUACAAAUGAAUAUCACUUCGUCGAUAUUUCGACCUUAAAAGGCAUUGUAAGCCUUGAUGGGUAUUCUGACAAAAUACCGUUUCAACACUUUGGCGCAACAAUUCAAAUGUCUAACACACUUAACAAACAGAAAAUGAUAUACAUUACAUGUCAAAGUUUGGGAACUGUUUUUGUUUAUUUGAGCGAUGAUUUACAGGAUCCGUCAAUCCCAAAAUUUCAUAUAACGGAAGGUCGUGUAGUAGCAGCAAAGGAUAUUGAUCACGCCAAGUUGGGCAUAGUUUCAUCAAAGGAGCACGGUAUGUUUGGUUCAGCAAUACAUUCUUGGCAUUUUGGUGGUAACGACUUUGUAGCCAUAUCUCAACCGAUGUUUGAUACUGUAUUUAUAUACAUUGAGGAUUCUGGGCAAGUUAGGUUCUCCUUGAAGCUGAUUUUAAGGAUAAAUGCUAAAUUAGGAGUUGUACCCAAUGAGUUUGGUACAUCUUUGAUGUUCAAUGAAAAAGAAAAAGCAUUAUACAUUUCAUCACCAGGAAGUUUUGACAAAAGAGGAAGUAUAUGGAAAAUUGGAAUGAAUGAAUUAAUAAAAGCAACAAAUGGUUCGAAGCGGAAGAGCCUUGUGAUAAAUAAUUCAAAAUAUCUUGUGCUAACAAAUCCCGACAAAGACAGCAAAGGCUUAACAGAUUUUGGGAAGACUAUGACUCUUGGCCCUGAAGAUCGCCUUGUAGUUGGCAUUCCUCAAUACGGGUACGGCAAUUUCAACCAUAUGCAGCUGACAGGCAGGAUCCUGGUACUUUAA